AUGUCAACCGAUAAUGGACUCACCGUGAUUCUCAUUGCGUUAGUUCUUGGUGCUCUGAUUGGAGGAAUUAUGGCUGACACCCUCGGCCGACGACCAAUCAUGUUUAUUGCUAUGGGCUUGGCAUUGAGUUUCCAGAUCACCAUGGUAACUGCCGAGACUUGUUUAGUUUAUGCAACCCUGCGUGCUUUGUGCGGCAUUUUCUCUGGUUGCUUUCUUGUGAUCAGUAUAGUUCUACCCUUGGAGGUAAUUGGCCGAAGAUGGCGAGACUUCUGUGUUUGUCUUUGGGUUUGGAUGUUGGGACUUCCGGUCCUUUCCAUUGAAUCCAUUAUCGUGGGUGGAUGGAGAAACACGGCUCUCACGUCGGGAAUCGUCGGCCUUCCAUUUUUAGGAUUCUAUUUUCUUGUGCCGGAAAGUGCCCGUUGGUUGACGUGUACUCAAAAAUUUGCCAAAGCAGAGAGUAGCAUCAAAGAGAUGAUCUCCUGCAACACAAGAGCCGUUCCUGAUGUCUUAGAAUUGUGUGACGACACACGCCUCUAUGUGAUGAGUACUUCGCACCCAAGACGCCAUACAUACUUGGAUUUGUUCCACACCUCCACUGUUGGUCGUUGGACGGUUGCUGUCUUAUAUACGUGGUCCGUCGGUUGUUUUGUCUACUGCAACCUUUUAAAUCAAGUCGAUAGUUUGACUGGUAAUCAACACCUUGAUAUGAUUCUUCCAUUUCUUUUAGACUUGCCAAUCUGUUUGUCGGCAGUCAUCAUCAACAAAUGUAUAGGCAGGAGAUGGUGCAUGUUUCUAUAUGCAGUCUCUUCCGGUUUCAGCAUGUUUUGCGUCCUCAUUCUGCACAUGAUGGGUGACCUGCACAGGUACCCGUACAUGAUUACCGCCCUGGCUGCCUUCAGUAAGAUGGGAAUAGGUGCCGCUCUUGCCCUGCUCACCCUUAUCACUGCAGAGUCCUUCCCCACAGUCGUCAGGUAA